UCCUAAGGGGGUAACAGAGCACGGUUCUUUGUGUGUGAAUCCAAUAGGAAUCUGCAAGACGCCAUCAACUUGUCUUAGAAUGAGUGCCCCCUUUCCUCAGCUUUUGUCUGAUUCACCAUUAAAAAAGAAAAGCUUUUUAGCAAAGAUUCCACUGACAGGCAAGAGGCACGCGAUACAGUGACAGCCCCUGGGAAGCCUGAUUGGUCUGGGUGUGUACUGGUGUUACAAGCAAAACAGAGUGUCUUCUGUGAGCUCUGAAAACAGCAACAAGUGCUGGCCAGUUCAGCUCAGCUAUAGUCCCAUUGCCCAUGUGCCUCCACCAAAGCCCCCUUGCAUCACAAACUUCCUUGGAGCUGAGGGUCAGCAGCCUUUCUGGGUGUCACGUUGCUGAUGCUGGUAGUUUAUUUUAAGCUGUUACCUAAUUUUAUCCAGGAUUCUGCAUUCAACUUUAACAGGGAAGAAACAAGAAGCAGAUAUUAAGCACUUGGCUAUCUGCAUGAGUGAAUUCCUCUUGACUUCCAGAAAAAAAGGAGUCUCAUGCAUGAUGAAGAGCUGCAAAGUGUAAACAUCCAGAAUGCAUCUAGAAGACCAUUUAAACAGAUUUUUGGAAUUUCUACUCAAAAGAGGAAUUUUAAUAUUACUGUUCCACCAGAAAAUUAUUGCAGCUUGCCCAAAGAGCUGUCAGUGCUCUGACACUAACGGAGCCACAGUUGUUCACUGUAGCUCCAGAGACCUGGAAGAAAUCCCCAUACACCUCCCAAUGGACACAGUGUCCCUCAAACUGGAUGCCAAUAAGAUCAAACAAGUGCCAAACAAUGCAUUUAAGGACUUGAACUAUCUCCAAGAGUUGGACCUGUCUAGGAAUUCGAUUGAGAAAAUAGAGUUGGCAGCUUUUAAAGGGGUGUCAGAGGGUCUAAAGCUUUUGGAUUUAUCUGGAAAUCAGAUUCACAGUAUUCCUAAGGAAGCCUUGGCUAAACUUAAAGCCAAAAUCCGUCUUUCCAAUAACCCGUGGCACUGUGAUUGCAGUCUUCAAGAGAUGCUGAGGGAAAUCAUAUUAGACCCAAACACAGUUAAUGAAAUUUUAUGCAAGACAUCUGUUCAUGAGAAAUAUAUUGGGAAGCCCUUGAUCCAGGUUUUAGACUCUGGCAUAAACUUUUGCAACAUUCAUAACAAAACCACUGAUAUUGCUAUGUUUAUUACCAUGUUUGGUUGGUUUGCAAUGGUGAUAACCUAUGUAGUGUACUAUGUGCGGCACAACCAAGAAGAUGCUAGGCGGCACCUGGAGUACCUCAAGUCAUUGCCCAGUACACAGUUAGCCAAAGACUUUGAUACUAUCAGUACUGUGCUUUAAAAAUGGAUAAUUACCUGGGCAGCGAAACAUUCAGUUUUAAAGGGAAACUAUUGUGAAAAUUAAAAUGUAAUAUAGGCUGUAUCAUAAUGAAAUACGAAGCUUUCUAAAUACAAUCAAUUAAAAAUUCUGCAUCAUUUCUGAAAUAAUCAAGUUUAUUUUUACUAUCCCUCUCUCAGCAUCUGUUUCUCUUCAAGCAGAAGUGGGUGUCCGAUUUUCAUUGAUAGAUCCAAUAUAUUUUAUAGGGGAGCUUACUUAAAAAACAGAUUCCAGUAAAAACAAAAUCUAACAAAG